GGUGGAGGUUUUGUGUGGCAUUCGAGGCGCGUUGCGAUGUUGUGGGUAAGUGAUGUAGAAGGUUGUUGCAUUUGAGCCCACCCAGGUGAAAUGUUAUCAUGAAUCCUGUUUGGACUGACGGUCACACUUCCGUAUUGCUCGUGCUGCCCCCAUUUCCCUCUUUUUUUUCUUUUUUACUUUUUUGUUUUCUUAUUUUUCUUCUUGCCUCGUAGCGGUUAUCUGCCGGCGGUUAUGUAUAUGCACUGCUGUUGGAUUUUCAUGCCAAUACUCAAUCGUGUGACUUUUGAGUACGGCUAUACUGAAGAUCGUGAAGAGCCUAGGUUUGGUGCUUUGAAAAAGCUACACUGCAGUGCAAUAUUGAAUGACUUGCUAGUCCACCGCGGUGCUUGAUCCAUUCUCUACCACCUUGUGCAAAGAUUAUCACUUGAGGAUACAGCAGCUACCCGGUGAUGGCUUUUGCUGGAUUGCAAACGGGAUCUCCCAGUGCUCGGCGGUCGUAUUGAGGAUUCACCGAUCGUCCGUGAGAAUGUGUAAUCCCUCUGUUUCACAAAAGAAAGAGUUUGAGAUUCGUGCUUGCAUUCUUUGGUCUAAUGCCGCAGCUGUGGCGUAACGUUCAAGUCUACCGAAUGCACUCUGGACAGUGCAGCCCCACAUCGUUAAUAGAGCUUGUAGCUACUUCUGUCUAUAUGAAACUAUCACCUUCAUAACGCGUUUCUAUCCGGCAGCCGAGGCUAUCGAUGUACAUGCCUUCAAGCCUGCUGAAUACUGACAACUUUCCUGCACCUUUUACAUUGAUUUGGUUGUUAUUCAGUCGUGACGCUGUUGCACAUGGCACUGCAUAUCCGGUGGAUCAAUGAAAUUUGAGAGGGAAUGACGAGAUUCGCUGGACAAGAUUUUAAGAGCAGAGGUUUAGAACCUAUGGGUGCAAUCGGACAGAACUGAGUUUUAUCUGAUAGCAGAUUCGUGCGAAAUUGGCAUUUAGCAAUGACUUUCCUUGGAGUACUCUCUGGCCCUAAGAUGGGAUACGGGCUGGGAAUCAAAGAGAAUGGGGAGAAAGCGAAGUAUCCGGCUCACAGGUUUCGCUCGCGGUGUAUCUUUAUUUUACUCACUAUCGUCUUCUGGUGGGCGCUGUUGAUGGUGCAUUUCUCCUUCCAUUAUCGCUCCUCCCCAGUGCAGUCAUCCAUUGGAGACGUCAUGAUUUCCGUGCAGACUCAGGACUCCAUGUCGAAGUCACUCUCAAGGGGGCUUUCAACCGACUCAACUUAUGACUCUAGCGCCGGUGAUUCUUCUGAAACAGAAAAAAUGGUUCAGAAAAAAUGGCUCAAAGAUGGAGAUGUACAUCACGUCAACGAAAGACCGGACAUGGAAAUCAUGAAUGAUCAAGUAGAUGUUGACGACGACACGCCUCUCGAGAUCAAGUCAGUGGAAUCCCAUUUUGACGAAGGAGAUCCCACGAUGGAGCAACCCAUUCCUGGUUGCGAAGGUCGGUAUGUCUACGUGUAUGAGAUGGACCCAUACUUCAACGAGGAUAUGGUUGAACAUUGCGACAAACUUAACAUUUGGAACAACUGGUGUCCAAGUGUGUCCAACGAAGGUCUGGGUCCUCCAAUGGUGAAUACGGAUAAUGUGUUCUCUGACUCAGACUGGUACGAAACGAACCAGUUCAUGCUGGAACGGAUUUUUCACAACAGAUUGAAGAGAUACAAGUGCUUGACGAAGGACUCCAGUCGAGCCGCUGCGGUUUUUGUGCCAUUCUACGCCGGUUUUGAAAUUUCCACCAAAUUGUGGAGGGCUAAUAUUAGUGAGCGGGACGCUGCUCCAGCAAGGUUGUAUAGCUGGCUCGCCGAGCAGCCCGAGUGGAAGAGGUACAAUGGAAGAGAUCAUUUCAUGGUUGGGGGACGAAUCACUUGGGACUUUCGGAGGAGGACAGACGACGAAUCUGAUUGGGGGAACAAGCUCUUUGUUCUCUCCGCCGCACUAAACAUGACCAUGUUAAGUAUAGAGGCAAGUCCUUGGCAUCAGAACGAUGUUGGUAUUCCGUAUCCUACAUACUUCCAUCCCUCUUCCAAGCGCUCCAUUGAGACAUGGCAAGAUAGGGUACGUGCCAUGGACAGGCCGUCCCUUUUCUCGUUCGUUGGAGCACCGAGGCCCGGACUCAGUCAUUCGAUUCGGGGAGUGAUCAAGGACCAAUGUAUCAAAUCAAAGCAGUGCAGGUUGCUAGACUGCAAGGGAACACUGUGUCAAAGACCGCAUAAGGUGAUGGAGAUAUUUGAGCACUCGGUUUUCUGUCUGCAGCCGGCGGGAGACUCUUACACCCGGCGCUCUACCUUCGACGCCAUGCUUGCAGGGUGCAUCCCCGUGUUUUUCCACGAGUAUUCCGCGUACACCCAGUACCAGUGGCAUCUUCCUUCCAACCACACUUCCUACUCUGUGUUGAUUGAUGAAGGCUCCAUCAAGAACGAGACGGUUCGCAUUGAAGAAGUGCUGCUUAAAUUCACGUCGAAUCAGAUCGUCAGCAUGAGAGAAACCGUCAUCCAAACAAUACCUAGGAUCGUCUAUGCAGAUCCACGAGCAAGUUCUAUUCCCGACGUUGAAGACGCCUUCGACAUUGCAAUUCAGGGCGUGAUUGACAGAAUUACACUGGGGAAGGAAGUAACGCGCACCAAUAGUGAAGCGAUUUCAAAUUCUGAGCUGGACUUCCAGUCCAAGUCCCAACAAGGACAAUCGCUACAUGAACAAGCCGCUCACAAGUAGAAAGCGUUUAAGAAGAAUGAACACGAAACUGGGUUAGCUGCUGCAGAGAGAAUGACGAUGUUGGCAACAUGACAGCCAUUGUCUCAAGAGUAAUGCUUUCGUGUACCCGUGUUGUUUAGUUUAGCUUUAGUACGAAGCGAUUUGUUCUACGAAACGACGAUAGAGAGAUAGCCGGUAUGAGCAGAUCGCAUCUGGAGCCAGUCUCUGCUUCGAAGUUAACUGUAGGAACAUAUUUUCAAACCAUUCAUGUGCAGGAUCUUCCCGACUCCGGAAUUUGCAUUUUUUCAACCCUGAUCCUACUCAAUGUAAUAUACUUAUGAUGCUGAGGCACAAAUUGCCAUUGACACCUAAACUAUGGUGGAGGUGAAUGCCAGAUAAAGCUACGAAGUCAUUAAACAAAA